GCGCCCAGUCUACGCGCGCCCGGCACCACGCGCGCCCGCGACGCGCCACCAUGCCGCUCUACUCGGAGCAUAUAUCGAACAUGUACUUUAGUGGAUCACCCUCGUAUACCGGUUCGUCCUACAGUUAUGGAAGUUCAGUGCCACCUUUCGGAUCUUCGUACAGUGCAUCCUAUCUCAACCCCGGCGGGAGCUACAGUACCCACUCAUCGCUCGGAGGCUACUCCCGAGCGCCCAUAUCUUCGAGAUGGAUAUCCAGUUCUGGGAGAAAUUAUUCUCCCAUUCUCAGCACGAUCUCGGAAAGAGGUUCUGCGAGUCCGGUAAGAAUAAACAGCCCACGAAGAAUUCCUAUUGCGAAGAGAACAUAUGGGACUCCAACUUACACUCCGCGCCCUAUCAAUAUCAACACGGCUGAUAUUGAUGUGUCUAAGGACAGGUAUCGUCAUAAAAAUGAGCCCGCCCCUGUGAUGAGUCCUAAGACAUCUCCGAAACGAGAGGAGCCUAGCACUAGUAGUCCUAAAACAUCUUUGAAACAAGAGGAACCUAGCACUAGUAUAGAAAACGGUCCCUUCAUGCCGCGAGUAGAUGGAAAACCUGAAACAGGAAUUGAUUCGUCACCAGGUAUACAAAGGAGUACGAUAAAACGUGGUAGGACAGUAGUGAGGCUUCACACGAUUAAAAGACGUGAAAGAGAUUCUCCUCGAAAACCAAACGAAGAUCUUCCAAAACAGGAUAACGAAAAUACAACAGAUGAAUCUAAAAUACCAAAUGUAGAAGAUCCCACGGAAAAUUUGUCAUGGAGGGAAAGAUUAUCUGAUGAAUUAGUAUAUAAGGGUAAAAAAGAAAAGAAAUCGUUAGGAACGAAGCUUGUUGAGAAAUUUAAAAUACGAAACGACGAUGAUGAUGUACCUAUUCAGGAUACCUCUCAGCGUAUAUCAAAAGCUCCUGCUCAAGAUACCGCUCAGAAUAUUUCUCAGAGUACUUCUAAGAUAGAAGAAAGUGUUCAAAGCUUACCGACUCCUCCUGUGGCUAACACUACAGGUGGGCUUAGCAAAUCUCCAGAUCGGCGUUGUUCUAUGGAGCUUUUAGCUGAACAAGCUAGUUUGUUGGACUCAUUAAUACGUAGUGAAAAUCUCAGCACCACUAGUUUAGAUUUAAGUAAAGUUGGUAUCAGUGAUAAUGCUAAAAGAAAUGAUGAAUUGUUCCAAGCAACUAAAAGAAGAAAAAGUAAUGAUGGAGAAAAUCCCUUAAAAACGACAAAAUCGGAUCAUUCCUUACAUGAUAGUUUUAAAUCGUUUAGAGAUGCCAGACAAUUUCCUAAACGCCGAAGCUUAAAAAAAUCUUCGUCAGGAGGAUCAAUUUGUAGAUUAGAUUCUAUAACUGAGUUUCCAAAAGGAAUAUUGAAUACUGAUCUACCCUCCAUUGAAGAGAGUAGACUUUCAAUUAAAAACGAGACUCCUAAAACAAAACCAAAAUUGAAAGCGAAGAUUACCUCAUCAGUAGACGUAGACGUGUCUCCGCCAAAAAGUCCUUUAAAAUUCAAAGUGGAAAAUGUUACAGUUGAAGAAAUUCCACGAACACCUAAGAAAGAAAUUGUGUAUAGCAGUGUCAUAUACCCAGCUAUAGAAACAGGGGACAAACUUGAAAAAGAUAUCGAAAUCAAUACUCCGCAAAGGACUAACAAAAAUCGAAAAAGUAUUAAGAAGAAAUCAAAACCAUCAACUGAUGAAACAUUAUCACCAGAGCCAGAUGACGGUAACUUCUGGGAAAAAAUUGGAAAACGAGAAACAGUGUAUUUAUUGAAAAGAAAACAAAAUAUUGAUGAAAGUCGAGAAAAACAACGAAGAGCAUUAUUUUGGUUUCCCGAAGAACAUGAAUUAAAUGCAGACGAUAAUUAUGAAAUGGCCGAAAGUGGUUUGGAAUGUAGGGUGAACUCAGCUCAACAGGAGGUUAUAGAGAAAGAACUUAAACCAUCGUCAGAAAAUCAGACUGAAAUAAAUAUAAAUAAAUCUGAUUCAGUGGCAUCUGCAGUUGAAAAACAUAUAGAACCUUUAUGUUUGAAUGUGGAAGUACCAAAAACUGAUAUUGGUUCAGAACAGCUAAAAUCGGGCGUAAAAAUAAAAGAAGAUGAACCCAAAGAAGCAUUGUCAGAUAAAAAUGAGGAACAGAGUUUAAAAAUAGAAGAACAUAAUUCUUCUUCUAACUUUGAGAAAGAUACAGUAAAUGCAGAAAGUAGUGUGCCAAAUGCUGAACCAAUUUUCAUUAAGUCAGUUGAAGUAAAUGCUUGCGAUAAUAUCGGGACACCUACUACUAUACACGCUGAAACAAAUAAUUCAAAAACUGACCCAAUAAUGCCAGAAGAAAAGCCUACUAAAAUUUGCCAUGAUAAGAAAACUGACAAAAUUGCAGCUUCUAACGAUAAAGUUAAUGAAGAUUCUGUCAGCAAAGUAAAAGAUUCGGAAACCGACAUUUCUGUUAAAAAAGAACAAAAAGAAGACACUGCACAGAUGGGUAAUUUGACUGACGAUUCUCAGCUUAAAAAAUCUAAGGAUUCGUUAAUACCUAGCAAAGAAGAAAAUAAGGCAGUAAGCAUGUCGACUUCGUCAAAGGAAACUUAUCUUCAAGAAAAAGACGAGUCCCAAAAUAAAAGUAAUUUAAGUAAGAAAAUAGAGUCGGAACCUCCUAAUGACAGUAAUAAGUCUCAAUUGCUAUCUAAGAAUUCAAAAGAAAAAAAAUCCAGUGGUGCUAUGCCAGCCACCGAGAAAGUUCAGCAUAAAAAUGAGACAAAGGUUUCUCCAAGUGAACAAUCUAAAUUGAAAAGUAAUGUCACAUUGCCAACUCAAAAAGACUCGAAAGUUAAAGACGUAUUAAAAAAACCUAUUGGAAAUGAAACUAAAGUCCAAAAACUUAAACCACCAGUGAUAUCAGCUGUACAAAACGUCGAAUCUACUGCUAAGCCUUCCUCUUCUAACCAAGUUAAACAAGAAGAAUGUGCAGUAACAAAUGUUGCACCUACAGAUACGACUACCAGUAUUAUUGCACUAGAAGAUACAUCCGAUAAAAAAGAUACAAUUAGCAAGGAAGAUGAAAAGGAUUCUAAAGUUCUUGAUGUAAAUAUUACGCCAGUUUUAGAAAACAUUCCAAAUGAAAACAAUGAACUUAAAACUGAAGUAUUAGUACAACAAGAAGGUAUAGGAGAGGAUAAAAAGGCUGAAAAUGUUCCUAAGAUUGAAGAAAAGUUAAUAGAAGAUGCGAAACCUCAACCUGAGGUAGCAGUGAAACCUGCACCAAGUCCUAGAAGACCUGUGAAAGAAGAAGCAGCCUUGAGGCCCUUGAUUGCAACUCCACGUCCACUCCAAAAGAAAUCUCCGCAAGUGAUUCAUUCAAGUUCCUCAGAAUCAUCGUCGGAAGAUUCAUCUGAUGAAGAGGAUGAGGAUGAAUCUGAUUCGAGCGGGGAUUCAAAUGAAUUUUAUGAGUGCGAAAAUAAUCCGGAUGGCAGAACCUCCACGGGAUCCAACGACUCCGGGUUCGACUCAUCAGCUCCAACUUCUCCUGCGGGAUUUGUUCACAUCAAGAAAGGUGGCGAGAGCCCUGGCUCCUCGGCGGGCGCUGCGCAAGCGCAAAGCGACGCCACCGACGUGCUAGAACAGGAGCUUGAACAGUCCACAGCAUACGGGUUAUUCAAGAAGACAGGGCGGUUCACGCCCCCUGCGAGGUCCAUUCCACGAUUCCGAAAAUAUGCUAUUGAAGACUUCCACUUCAUCAAGGUCCUGGGCAAAGGCAGCUUUGGCAAGGUAUUACUGGCAGAGCUACGGGAUACGGAGUACUACUACGCCGUGAAAUGCCUGAAGAAGGACGUGGUGUUAGAAGACGACGACGUCGAGUGCACCCUCAUAGAGAGAAAGGUGCUCGCACUGGGCACCAACCACCCGUAUCUUUGCCAUCUGUUUGCUACUUUUCAGACUGAUUCUCACCUGUUCUUCGUGAUGGAAUACCUGAACGGCGGUGACCUCAUGUUCCACAUCCAGCAAAGCGGCCGCUUCCCUGAGUCGCGCGCGCGCUUCUACGCCGCAGAAAUCGUGUCGGGACUCAAGUUCUUGCACAAGAGAGGCAUUGUUUACAGGGAUUUGAAACUGGAUAAUAUCCUCCUGGACUUUGACGGGCACGUGCGGAUAGCAGAUUUCGGCAUGUGCAAGCUACAGAUUUACUUGGACAAGACCGCGGACACGUUCUGCGGCACCCCCGAUUAUAUGGCCCCUGAGAUAAUCAAGGGGCUGAAGUACAACCAGACGGUAGAUUGGUGGUCGUUCGGCGUGCUGCUGUACGAGAUGCUGAUCGGCCAGAGUCCUUUCAGCGGCUGUGAUGAGGAUGAGCUGUUCUGGUCCAUUUGCAACGAGAUGCCGUCCUACCCGCGCUUCCUAUCGCAAGAGGCGCUCACCGUACUCACGCGGUUGUUGGACAAAGAUGCGCGGACGCGGCUGGGCGGCGUGGAAUGCAUGCACGGGGAUGUGCGGGACCAGGAGUUCUUCCGACCCAUCCACUGGGACCGCUUGGAGCGCAGGGAGCUCGAGGCGCCCUUUAAGCCACGAGUGAGGCACCCGCUAGACACGCAGUACUUCGACCGCGCGUUCACAGGCGAGCGGCCGCGGCUGACCGCCGUAGAGCCGCACGUCCUCCGCUCCAUGGACCAAGAACCCUUCAGGGGAUUCUCGUACACGAACCCCAACGCCACCGACCGCUAAAACCAACCCAAUUUCUUUAGGGUGGUAGUUCGAAUUCGCUCAGCUAACGACGGAGCCCCAGGCGAGUGUAGUUUGUUAUACCACGCCUAUAAAGCUUCGUGAUUUCAGCUCUACAACGGAGCUAUAUGAGGCGGGUGAAAUGUUAGCGCAAGGCGAAGAUAAGUUGAUAGAAUUGAAUUUUUCGCACGCACGAAAAACAUUUAAUUCGAGUAGUUUAACGAGAAAAGUUGUUGAAAUACCCUCCGCGGGCGGAUCAGGUUAUUAUUUCGUUUACAGAUUACUAUGCAUCAAUUUCAUAGGUCUGUACAUAUUGCGUAAUAUAGUUGAAAACGUAAUCAUUAACGUCAUUAAAUAUUGUUUUGUAGAUUGCAAAAACAUUGUAAUUAUUGUAAAUCGUUUUUCAGCUCCUUGUGUUAUUUGAAAGCUGAAAAAGACAUCUAUCAGUAAGCUAAUUUUCACGUGUAGCUUAUGAAUUUUAAUGUAAAACAAUACUCAUAGUUGCAUGAUACUUUAAAGGAACAUCAGUUCCUCAUCUAGUCGUAAAAUAAAAUUAAUAAGUACCGAAUCAUUGCUUACGGUAAGUAUUUCAUUAGAUAAAAAAAUAAGUGUGAAAUGUAAUAGUGAUUUAGCAAAAUGUUAGUUUGUCAAAGAAUCUCAGUUGUUGAUUUAAUCAUUGAUUUAAAAUUAUAUUCAAUGUUGUAUCUUGCAUAUCACGAAAGUUCAAACAAAAAGUUUCGUUACAUAUUACAUUGUUUGUUAUGAAUAAAUUACUUUAAUAAACA